AUGCGGAAAUUGCUCGCGGGUGUUCUACUUUCCGUGUUUUUCGCGUCGUUUGGCGCAGAUGGACGAUGUGUUGGCACGGACUGCGAUAUGUUUGAGUGCACGUCAGGUGAAUAUUUUAUCCAUUCUAUCUGAAAAAUAAAAACUUAACCAAUAUAGUUAGGGAAGCUGGAAUCAAACGGAAGGGUAUUCUUGGCAGGCUUAAGAAGUUUGGUUUAAAUUCAGUGAAAAACUUUUUCUAGUCCUUUUCUGAAAGGACCUCAAAAAAAUUCUCAAUGAACACUAUCAUAGUUAUCUUCGACAUGGAAGUAUUACUGAAGCAUUUUUUUGAAGCUGGGUAAGCGUUUCAGAUGCGUUCGUCCUGCGACCGAUGGACGCCUACUUGAGAACUGGCUCUACAUUUGGAUCUCCUUGUGCCUGUGCAGCCGAUUGGAACUCUGUAUUCUGCAACCAGUCUUCGUCUGGGUCAUCCUCGAGUUUUGAAGAGCCUCAUCCUACUAUCUGCAUAUGCAGGUCGGAGCAUAAAUAAUCAAGAAAUUUCAAGAAAUGAUUCAAUUUUUUGCAGGAAAUUCAGUGACAACGGCUCGAAAUGCGAUCAAUUCAUGUCUCGCUGUUUUGCACGUAAAAACCACGAGUUUAAAUAAUAAUCUAAUAAUCUUUAAGCAUAUCAUUUCCAGGUGUUCGUGUUGUUUCAAUCAACCAAAGGCAUACUGUAAUCACUUGAGGUGCAAACACAACGAGCCCGAUUUCAGGUGUGUUCGGAAGAAUUUCUUCAGUAACUGAUUGUUUCAGCGGGGCUAACACAACUUGUGUCUGCUACCAUAGUCCAACAAACUAUCCGUACCAGAUUUGUAAAGCUCUGUAUCCCCACGAGAAUGCGCUCCAGUCAAGGAAAACAGUACUUUUUGCCAGAAACCAGAACGUUCCAAGCACAGCUGAGGUUGGUGAAUUUCUCAAAAAGAAAAUAUUUCGUUAUUUGUUAGUACCAACAAGUCUGAGAACUUGAAAGAACACGGUGACCUUUUUCCAGCAACACAUAGAGCUUUUCGGAAGAAAAGUGUCGACCUCCACAUUGACCUACGUGGUUGUCAGUAUGCUGGGACUGACCUGCUUGAUGACGUUGGGUAUGCUGAUCAUGGGAGGCCAGAGAAUCCGCCGACGUCGUCAGGAACUUCUUCGGCAGACGCGCGUCGCUCGCGAGACCCUCAUCAUGCAACGUGCCGACGACGACCGCUACCUUCCUUCUGCAUGA